CAAGUAUUAGCAGCUGUUUUCUAAAUUGUUUAAUUGUCACAAAAUCUUAAGUUCUUUUUAAGAAUUAUUAUUGCCUUUUUUAAAGUCAGAAAAGCCAACAAGUUUGCAAAGAGGAUUAUAAUGACCUCGGCCACGGUAAGAAAUGUACCACUUCUAGAUGACGAUACGAUUCCGUUUGGUGAAGAGGAUGAGAUGCAAGAUCCAAACUCUGCAACAAAAAAAUACUCACACCCCUACGUUACAUUCUUCCACUUAUUCUUCAGAGGAGCUGCGAUAGUUAUAUAUAUGUUCUGUGGCUGGUUUAGUGACUCUUUUAUCAGUAGUUUUGUGUUUGUGGUUCUAUUUUUGUCAGCAGAUUUUUGGACUGUGAAGAACAUAACGGGUCGUUUACUCGUUGGAUUGCGCUGGUGGAAUUAUGUAGACGAUGAAGGUGUUUCCCAUUGGGUGUACGAGUCAAAAAAGGGGAGGGUGAAUAAUAAUGAAGCACGUAUUUUCUGGUUGGGACUAAUAUUGUGUCCAGUGUUUUGGAGCCUUUUCUUUAUUGUUGCUCUUUUUGGAAUGAAAUUCAAAUGGCUGCUAUUAGUGAUGAUUGCGCUAGCAUUAAAUGGAGCAAACUUGUACGGGUACGUUAAAUGUAAUUUUGGAGCAAAUAAGGAUUUAAAUUCAGCCGCAACAGACUUUGUAAAGACUCAGAUCUUUAGAAACGCCAUGGACAUAAUGACAAAACCAACUGCACAACCAACAACAGCGCGACCAACCGGAGUAAUCUAACUUAGUUAAUAGUUGAGAUAUAGAUUGGACAGAUUUGUAAUUCCAUAGAUGUCGUUCCUUUCAAUAGUGUGUAUUAUUUUAUUUGACUAAAUUAAAAUAUAUGAUAACAAUCUUAUUCUAUAAAUAUACAUAUUUUGAAAAAGUAA